AUAACCCUAUCACAACCACAACAACAACCACUUCCAAUUCAUUCAUAGCAAUUAUUCAUUCAUCAACAAGAGAGUGAGAAAUGGAAGCAAAGGAACAAGAUGUUUCACUGGGAGCCAACAAAUUCCCAGAGAGACAACCCAUCGGUAUUGCAGCUCAGAGCCAUGACGACGGUAAGGACUACAAAGAACCACCUCCUGCACCGUUGUUUGAGCCUUCUGAACUCACUUCAUGGUCUUUCUGGAGAGCUGGAAUAGCCGAGUUCGUUGCAACUUUUCUGUUUCUCUACAUCACCAUCUUGACUAUCAUGGGUGUCAACAAAUCUGAUUCCAAGUGUAAAACUGUUGGUAUUCAAGGGAUUGCUUGGUCUUUUGGUGGCAUGAUCUUCGCCCUCGUUUACUGCACUGCCGGAAUCUCUGGGGGUCACAUAAACCCAGCAGUGACAUUCGGUUUGUUCUUGGCGAGGAAACUGUCUCUAACAAGAGCAGUGUUCUACAUCGUGAUGCAGGUUCUUGGUGCUAUCUGCGGUGCUGGUGUGGUUAAGGGUUUUGAAGGAAAAGCUUUCUACGGAAAAGUUCACGGUGGUGCUAACUUUGUUGCUCCUGGUUACACAAAAGGAGAUGGACUCGGUGCUGAGAUUAUCGGUACCUUUGUUCUUGUCUACACCGUUUUCUCAGCCACUGAUGCCAAACGUAGUGCCAGAGACUCUCACGUUCCUAUUUUGGCACCUUUGCCAAUUGGGUUCGCUGUGUUUUUGGUUCACUUGGCUACUAUUCCAAUUACUGGAACUGGUAUCAACCCUGCUAGGAGUCUUGGUGCUGCAAUUAUCUUCAACAAAGAUCUUGGUUGGGAUGAUCAAUGGAUUUUCUGGGUUGGACCAUUCAUUGGUGCAGCACUUGCAGCACUUUACCACACAGUUGUUAUCAGAGCCAUUCCUUUCAAGUCAAGUUGAUAUGAUCCAACGGUUUGUGAUAGUUGAUGCCAAAACCAUUAAACCAAACCAACUUUGUGGGGUUUUAUUUUUAAUUUGAAAUUCGAUCAUUAUCUUGUUUUAACUAUUUCCCUUUUUGUAUGUAAAGGAUGUUGUUGUAAGUGUAACGUGUUGUUGUAAUGAUUAUUAUUAUUAGGUGGUGAGUGCGUUGGGUGAUGGGGCAGUUUUUUCAUUACUUUUAAGUUGGAAUCUGGCCCAGCCCAUGUGUGAUGUAUGGUUGUAAUUGUGAACUUUAAAUUAUAAAAAUAAUGAUAUUCUCUUUUGGCA